CAUGCGCGCCGCAGCGGGGCACCGGAAGUUAUGGAGGUAUUAAUAGGGGACCCUAUUACCACAUGUCUUUCUCCCUCAGUGUAUGAUAUAAUUUGUAAUCUUGGGUUUCAACUCAGAGAAAAUUGUGAUAUCAAUAGCAUUGUUGCUCAGAAUGGUGAAGUAUGCUGGAAAACAAUCACAGACUGUGUGAGCUACACAGAGUCAGAUCAGGGUCUGGAUUACUGGGGAAGCGUGAGGCUGCUUGGCCCUGUGUGUGAGGCUGUCCAUUCACAUUUCUUAUCUUUGACCAAGGGGCAAUUUGAAAUUCGAUAUGCACCGUGGUUCCAGUGGACAAGUUUUCCAGAGUUAUUUCCUGAAAUAUUUGAUGCCUUGGAAAGUCUACAAUCUCCCGCUAUUUCUCUUAGCUUAAUGAAACUGACAUCGUGCCUGGAACGAGCCUUGGGUGAUGUAUUUUUACUGAUUGGGAAGGAAUGCCCCUUUCUUUUAAGAGAUCUGCUUGCAUCUGUGGAACUUGCUCAAGUCUUCGGGCAGUCUGUGAUGAAUGUGCUAAAAGUCUUCGUUGGCUCUCCGUGUGGUCUCAACCUGCGUAACGUCUUAUGGCAUGGGUUUGCGUCCCCUGAAGAAGUUCCUCCAAAAUACUGUUCAAUGAUGAUGCUGUUGACAGCAGGAUUGGGUCAGUUACUGAAGAGUUACCUUCAAAAAACUAAACUUACAUUGGCACAUCGCUCUUUCAUAACUCCUACAAACCUUGAGGAUUUGAUUGUUUUUCCUGAUGUUACUUAUGAGGUGCUCUCAGUAUUAGAAGAAGCGAUGACGAAAUCUGCUUUUAUAUUAAAAAUCAUGUUACCAUAUUGGGAAGUUGCACUGGUCAAGUUCAAGUCACACAGGUUUGCUGACUGUGCCAUAUUGUUGCUGACACAACUAGAAACUGGACUUAGGAAUGUUUUUGCGACACUUAACAGGUGUCCAAAAAGACUCCUGACUGCUGAGUCAACAGCUCUUUAUACCACCUUUGAUGAAAUACUGGCAAAACACUUGAAUGAUGGUAAAAUCAAUCAGCUUCCUCUUUUCCUUGGAGAGCCUGCUAUGGAAUUUCUCUGGGAUUUCCUGAACCAUCAGGAGGGUCCCCGCAUAAGAGAUCAUUUAAGCCAUGGGGAGAUCAACUUACAUGAAUUUUCAAAAGAAACAACUAAUCAGUUGCUUGCAUUUUCUGUUGUACUGUUACUCAGAUUCGUUGAUGAAGGUCUGCUAUCAGUUUUUAAGGAAAAAGCAUCAGUAGAAUUGUUGAUUAGUCUUGCGGAAGGCUAUAGUUCUCGCUGCCAUCCAGUUUUUCAGCUUAAGAAACAGGUAUGCUGA